GAAUUGUGAAUUAUUAAAAGUUUCAUAUUUCGAAUUGGGGAUUUCUCAAUUCGAGAUCGAUUUGUUAUUUUGUGAAAGAAAGGAGCGUUAUGGCCAGAGUUUCCACAUCUUUAUCUCCCAAACGUGGGGAAUGGGUGAAGGGGAAAUUGAUAGGAUCAGGAUCUUUCGGGACUGUUCAUUUAGCCAUGAGCAAAUCCACAGGAGGACUCUUUGUUGUUAAAUCAGCACAUACAAGGGCUGAAUUAGCAGCUUUAGAGAAUGAGGUUGAAAUUCUCAAGAAUCUAGAACCAUCUCCUUAUAUAGUCCAAUACUUGGGGUCAGAAAGACACGGAGAUGAUCUCAAUGUUCUAAUGGAGUACAUGGCUGGGGGUAGCUUGGCUGAUAUUGCAGAGAAAUUUGGUGGAUCAUUACAAGAAGAUGUGGUUCGUUUGUACACAAAAGAAAUCCUUAAAGGCCUCAAGUAUCUUCAUGGUAAUGGGAUUGUGCACUGUGACCUUAAGUGCAAAAACGUGCUUCUGGGGUCUUCUGGGGACAUCAAAUUGGCAGAUUUUGGAUGUGCAAGGAGGGUGGAGGACUUGAAAAAUAAAAGUUUGAUGAAGAAGAAUACCAAGUCUUUGGAAUAUGUUAGCGGGACCCCUCUCUGGAUGGCUCCUGAAGUUUUGAGGAAUGAAGAGCUUGAUUUUUCUGCAGAUAUAUGGUCUUUGGGAUGCACAGUUAUUGAAAUGGCUACUGGUAGGCCCCCCUGGGGUGCUUCUAAGCAUGAUUCAGACCCAAUGGCUGUCCUUUUGAAGAUUGCCUGUGGUGAUGAGAUACCUAAGCUCCCAACCCAUUGCACAAAGGAGGGUCUGGAUUUCUUGAGGAGGUGUUUGGACAGAGACUCAAGAAAAAGGUGGACAUGUGAGGAAUUACUUAGGCACCCAUUUGUAUCAAGGGAUUCAUCUGUAACAACACCACCAUCUUCACCCAAAGAUGCUGCUUCCUCACCAGUCAGUGUGUUGGGGAUCUCAAGUUUUGAUGAUGCUUAUGAUUUGGAAGAACCAGAAAGUCCAGAGGGAAAUGAUCUCUCAGUCAUAAAGCCAUUUACACUUUGUAAGGAUGGGAGAACAAUGCCAAGGCAUGGAGAUGAAUGUGCAUUAUGUUCAUCACAGAAUUGGAUUACUGUCAGAUCAUGAUGAAACUGUCCGAACUGUGAG